CCUCCACAUUCCUCUGUUUCCAUGGCUCUCUCCUUCUUCUUCCCUCUCCUCUUCAUUCUCUUCUUUGUUUCGCCGUCAAAUGCACAGUCGUUUAUCGGAGUAAACUACGGUUUACUAGCCAACAACCUCCCACCACCAUCCGAAACGGCCAAACUCCUUCAAUCUACAUCCAUCCAGAAAGUGAGGCUAUACAAUGCCGAUCCAUCCAUCAUCAAAUCAUUGGCAGGCACCGGCAUCGGCAUUGUUAUCGGAGUAGCCAAUGGCGAUCUCCCGUCUAUCGCCUCCGAUUUCAAUGCCGCCUCUCAGUGGAUAAAUUCAAACGUGCUUCCUUUCUAUCCUGCCUCCAACAUCAUUCUCAUCAAUGUCGGCAACGAGGUGUUGUUGUCGAAUGACCUGAAUCUGGUAAACCAACUUCUCCCGGCGAUGCAAAAUGUUCAAAAGGCUCUCGAGGCGGUUUCACUGGGCGGAAAAAUCAAGGUGUCUACGGUCCAUGCAAUGACGGUGCUAGGCAACUCUGAACCGCCAUCAGCUGGUUCGUUUGCUCCUAGUUAUCAGGCUGGUUUAAAGGGCAUUCUACAGUUCCUUAGCGAUACCGGGUCGCCUUUUGCCAUCAACCCGUACCCAUUCUUUGCGUACCAGAGCGACCCGAGACCCGAAACGCUGGCGUUUUGUCUUUUCCAGCCUAACUCUGGACGGUUAGACUCCAACACUGGAAUCAAGUACAUGAACAUGUUCGAUGCUCAGGUUGAUGCAGUGCACUCUGCUUUAAAAUCGAUGGGAUUCGACAAAGUGGAAGUGUUGGUGGCCGAAACAGGUUGGCCAUCGACCGGUGACAGCAACGAGGUGGGUCCGAGUGUUGAGAAUGCUAAAGCUUACAAUGGAAAUCUCAUUGCUCACUUAAGGUCCAUGGUUGGGACUCCGCUUAUGCCCGGCAAAUCCAUCGACACUUACAUUUUCGCUCUCUUUGACGAGAAUCUCAAGCCUGGUCCUUCCUUUGAGCGAUCUUUUGGCCUUUUCAAGCCUGAUCUUUCCAUGGCUUACGACAUUGGACUCACUAAAACUACUAGUAGUCAGACGUCACAAUCUCCACAGUUGGGAAAAGCAACAUCCAUGGGAUGGUGUGUGCCAAAGGAGGAUGCGACUGAAGAGCAGUUGCAAGAUAGUCUAGAUUGGGUUUGUGGGCAGGGAAUCGAUUGUGGUCCAAUAAUGCCAGGAGGGGUUUGUUUCGAGCCUAACAAUCUUGUCUCUCAUACAGCAUAUGCCAUGAAUCUUUAUUUCCAAAAAUCUCCUGAAAACCCUACGGAUUGCGAUUUCUCCAAAACCGCGAGGAUCACUUCCGAGAACCCGAGUAAGUUAUUUUCCUCUUCAUAUUUCAUAUAAAAUCAUGAGUUGGUAAGUUUGCAUUUGGUUGAAACAAAUCUUAUAACUAAGACACUGUGACACUCAAUAUCUUCUUUCUAUGGUUCAAGAAAAAGCCAUAAUUUAU